GCUUUCCCCUCCUUCUUGGUGCCUGGGAAACAGCGAAGCACAACACAUGGGUGUUGCUUAGCAGUGGUUUUGAAGCUGUGGGGGCAAAGAAGGUAAGGAAUAAGGAAAGCAGAGGGGACAGCUGAGGACUUGCGUGUCCUCAAAGCCCAUCAGGAAGCCUCAGGGUGGCUCCGGAGCGGCCGUUUUCAUAAGCCAGACUAUCCCAGCAGCACUGCAAAGCCUCAAUCCUAUUGACUGACCCUGCAGCGGGGUCAGCGGGGAGGACAAAGGGCAUUUGCUCUUCUCGAGGAGCAAACAGAGGCUGGGAAAUGCUGGGAGGGCAAAUUCCUGCCCGAGUGUUUGCACAGGGAAUGCCUUCAGUGCCUUGUUGCCUUGCAGCCCCCGCUGGGGAUGCGCGUUUUGAGCUGGCAUCCAUUUAUUGCAGCUUCUCUCUGCCCUUUGAGUGUGGGAUUAGGGCUGGAAGCGGCACCUUAUCGCUACCCCCAUGCUUCAAAUCAUCGCCCCGGGGUCUUUCUUUUCCACGUGGCAUCUAACUAUGAUGCAUGGAGCGGCUGCCACCCCUUCCCAGCAGCCAGCCAAAGGCUUCCCAUAGCAACCUGGCAUGCUCCACCCAACACUUAGAGCUGCCAGAGCCAACUCCUGCGCUGUAAUGAGCUUAACGAGGCCGGGCUUCGUUAUGGCUUAACGAAAGGGGUCCUCUCUCCUACGGGAUAACAGAGCCCCGAACCUCAAGGAAGCCGAACAUUGGAGCAAAAGCGGAAGCAAAAGCCCUAAAAGAGCAAAGCGGGAUGGAGGAGCGGGGCUGCUGAAAGCAAAGCAAAAGGGGCGUGCUGGAUCGAGGUCCCGAUCCCGAGGCCAUGGCCUCGCUGCUGUCCCUCCAGGAGGAGAAUCGCAUCCUGCAGCAGGAGUUGUCUCGUGUUGAGGACCUGCUGGCUCAGAGCCGUGCUGAGCGCGAUGAGUUGGCCAUCAAAUACAACGCCAUCAGUGAGCGGCUGGAGCAAUCCCUGCGGCUGGAAGCAGGUGAGCAGGAGGCUGCAGAGAGCCGGAGCCUUGCACAGCACAACAUUGAGCUGCGGAGGCUGCUGGAUGAGGAGCAGGCUGCCUACAAGCGCAAGCUGCAGGCGUACCAGGAGGGUCAGCAGCGACAAGCACAGCUGGUGCAAAAGCUGCAAGCCAAGGUGCUGCAGUACAAGAAGAAGUGUGGCGAGGUGGAGCAGCAGCUGCUGAAGAAGGAGACAGAACUGGAGCAGGAGAGGCUGACGAGCCAGCCGGAGGAGGAGAGCACCAAUGAGCUGGAGAAUGCACUGAUCCGGCUGGAGGAGGAGCAGCAAAGGAGCUGCAGCCUGGUACAGGUGAACUCGAUGCUGAGGGAGCAGCUGGAGCAGGCAAACGUGGCCAAUGCAGCACUGAGCGAGGACAUCCGCAAGCUGACGGCUGACUGGGCACGGGCACGUGGAGAGCUGGAGCAGCGUGAGGCGCAGUGGAGGAGGGAGGAGGAGUCCUUCAACACCUACUUCAGCAACGAGCACGGCCGCCUGCUCACCCUCUGGAGGCAGGCUGUGGCCUUCCGCCGCCACUUCAGCCAGCUGCGAGCUGCCACUGAGAGAGACCUGGCUGAGCUGGGGCAGGAGGUGAGCCGUGCCGGCCGUGCUGCACACGCUGCCUGCGUGCAGCUGGGAGCUCACCUGCAGCUGGCUGAGGGCCGGGCUGGUGCGGUGCAAGAGCAGCAGGCGCAGCAGCUGGCACAGCUGGAGGAGCAGCUGGCAGCACGGGGCCGUGAUGCUGAACAGGAGAGAGCGGUGCUGGGGGACAGGCUGGUGGAGCUGACAGCAGCCCUGCAGCAGCUACGGGAGGAAGGUGGUGAGAAGGAGCGGGCAGUGCAGGCUCUGACGGCGCAGCUGCAGAAGAUGGAGGCCUCUCGUGCUCAGGAGGCAUCAGGAGAGGAGGUGCAAACAUUGCGUGCAGAGUUGGAGCUGCUGCACCAGACGCUGCAAGACAUCACCCAGGCAGUGCUGGCUGAUGACCACGGGUCCACCUCGGCGCCUCCCAGGCUCCAUUGUCGCAGCCUCUCACCUGCUGCUGCUGCAGCCACGCUGGGAGCUGUGCAUGGUGCCCUGCGCCGGAGGCACAUCCAGCUGCAGGAAGCUCGGGAGGUGUCAGGAAACCUGAGGAGGGAGCUGGGGAACAGCGAGAGCCGUCGGGCUGCCCUGGAGCAGCGGCUGGAGCAGCUCAGCACUGAGGCUGGGGGCUUCAAGCAGGCACAGGAUGAGGCCACGCGUGAGGCUGCCCGCCUGCGUGCUGACACCGAGCUCCUGCGCAGCGAGCAGGGCCGCAUGGAGCAGGCACUGGCAGCAGAGCAGGCGCGGGUAGGAGCUCUGCAACGCAGUGAGGCUGAGCUGCAGCUUCGGAUCCAGGAGCUGGAGGAGCAGCGGGAUGAAGCCAACCGUGCAGCAGAGGCUGCACGACAGCAGCUGGAGCACAGCACACAGCAGCUGGAGCAGCUGGAGGGGCAGCGGGCAGCAGGGCAGCAGGAGCUGCUGCGGGCACGGGAGGCGCUGAGCCGGGCACAGCUGGAGGCAGAGGUGGCACGAGGAGAGCAGGCAGCACUGGGAGAGGCGCUGGCACAGGCACAGGGCAGUGGUGCAGAGCUGGAGGCAGCGCUGCGGGAUGCCCGCACACAGGAGGCCAGGCUGCGGGAUGCUGCAGCACGGAGCAGUGAGCUGGCUGCCAGCCUGGCAAGGGACAAGCGGGAGCUGAGCCGGGUGCUGGUGGGGCUGGAGGAGCAGCACGAAGCUGACAGCGAGGCCAGGAGGGAGCUGGAAGGGCUGAAGGCUGAACUGGUGCGGCUGGAGCGCAGCUGCAGGGAUGGAGAGGCUGAGAGGAUGGACCUGGAACGGGCACGGAGAGCGGCGGAGGGGAGCUGUGAGGGGCUGCGGGCUGAGCUGCGGGAGCUGCGAGGGGAGCUGCAGAGAAUGAAGGAGCAGCUGGGGCAGGCUCAGCAGGAGCAGCGGACAGCAGGGGAAGCACUGGUGCAAGCACGGGGUGAGCAGCAGCGGCUGAGCGCAGAGCUGGAGCGCACCAUGCAGGAGCGAGAGGGGCUGGCCAAGGAGGGGGCCAGCCUGGGGGUCCAGCUUCAUGCUGCCCAGCGUGAUGCUCGUGACCGUGCCCAGGAGGUCGAUGGGCUCAGGGCUGAGAAGGCUGUGCUGGAGACAAACCUCUUCGAGGCACAGGAGCAGCUUGGGCAGCUGAGCACACACAAGCAGCAGCUGGAGGCCGAGGGACGGAGCCUACGAGUGGCCAGGGAUGGGCUGCUGGAGGAGCUGGGUGCAACGCGGCAGCGGCUGGCAGUGGCACAGGAGGAGGUGGUGACCCUACGCAGGAUCCAGGAGGAACACAAGGGAGAGCUCAAGCAGCUGCGGAAUGAGAAGGAGGAGCUGGACAUGGAGCGGGGCCGGCUGGCACGGGAGCAGCAGGAGCUGGCAGCAGAGCUGGCAACAGCGCGGCAGCAGCGGGAUGAGGGGGUGCUGCGUGCUGAGAGCGAGAAGCAGCAGGCGCUGGCACUGAAGGAGGAGGAGAAGGCAGCACUGGCAGGGACGCUGGCAGGGCUGCAGCAGAGCCUGGCCCAGGCUACAGCUGAGCUUGAGCAGCAGCGACACGAGGCUGCGAGCUGGCAGCAGCAGCAGCAGCACCGCUCGGCGGAGCUGCGCGCACUGCAGGCGCAGAUGGAGGCAGCAGCAGAGUCCCACGCACGCGAGGCCGCAGCUCUCCGUGAGCAGGCAGUGGCAGCAGCCCAGCAGCGUGACAGUGCCCUGCGUGAUGUGGAAGAAGCGCGGGCGCAGCUGGCACUGGAGGCAGAGGCACGAGCAGCGAGGCAGCAGGCACUGCUGCGGGCACAGAGAGAAGCACAAGAGGGGCGUGAGGGGCGCGAGGAGCAGCGCAGGAUGGGGAUGGAGGCACGCAGGGCGCUGGGUGAUGCAGCCAGGGAGCAGGAAGCGCUGCGUCGCUCCAACGAACAGCUGCGGGUAGCGCUGCGGCACAGCGAGGGGCAGCGCAUCAGCCUGCAGCGUGCAGCUGAGCAGCAGGAGCAGCGGCUGGCACUGGCAGAGGACGGGCAGGCUGCAGCAGGCAGGGAGGCAGCAGAGCUGCGUGCCACACUCCGUGGGCUGGAACGUGCCCGCCUGGAUGCCCGCCGGGAGCUGCAGGAGCUGCGCCGCCAGGUGAAGAUUCUGGAUAGUGAGAACAGUAAGAAGAGCAAGGAGGUGGAGGAGCUGCGGGCGCGCGUGGCACGGGAGGAGCAGCAUGAGGAGGAGAGGCAUCGUGAAGCCUUCGGCCUCAGGCAGAAGAUGGUGGAGAGUGAGGCCGGUGUGGAGGCCACCAGGAAGGAGCUCCAGCAGCUGCAGCUCAGGCUGGCAGAGAAGGAGGCAGAUUUCCAGCAGCAGGAGCGGGCACUGUCCCGCAGCCUGGAGGAAGCUCGAGGCCACGAGAAGAAGCUGCUGGCUGAUGCCCGCAACCUGCGGCUGAAGGCAGAGGCAGCACGCAGUGAGGCAGCAGAGCUGAGCCUGAAGCUGAGUGCAGCUGAGGGUCGGGCACAGGGGCUGGAGGCUGAGCUGGCACGAGGCGAGGAACGGAGACGGGACGCUGAGAUGCGCCUGAGUGGGCUGAGCUCAGCCCUGCGCUGCACUGUCGGUGUUGGACGGGCACAUGGAGGCUCUCCAGGCAAGGCUGCACCCAGGAAGGGGACACACACCCCCUGCUCAUCCCCAGACCCCAAUGCAGCAGCUGACCCUGAAGCAGUGCGUGCAGCCCUGCAGGAUUUCCUGCGCCAGCUGCAGGAUGCCCUGCGGGAUAAGGAGGAGCUGCAGGUCCGGGUACGCAGCCUGAGCAAGCAGCUGGCUGAGGCAGAAGCGCAGCGGGACAGAGCGCUGCAGCUGCAGAAGCGAUUGGCUGAGAGCAAGGAAGGGUUGCAGGGCUUUGAAGGCAAGCGGGCAGCACUGCAGCUGCAGGAGGAGAUGCUGCAGCAGGGUGAGGGUGAGCGCCGGCUGCUGCUUGAGAAGGUGUCAGCGCUGGAGCGCAGCUUGCACGCUGCUGAGGGCGAGCGCCGGGCUGCCCAGGAGAAGCUGAGUGCGCUGCUGGCAGCCAAGGACCAUGCACAGGGGGCCAACACCAGCACAGCCCUGCAGCAGCGACUGCAGAAGCUGCAGACUGCAUUGGCUGCAGGCGAGCUCGACCGCCGGGCGCUGCAGGAGAUGCUGGAUGCAGCAAGGGAGGAGCGCGGGGUGCUGCGGGAGCAGCUGCGGGCGCUGCAGGAGGAGCGUGCAGUGCUGGAGCUGCGCAGAGGGGAGCUGGAGGCUCAGGUCCAACGGCUGCAGGAGACACAGCAGCAGCAGGACGAGGAGGAGGCGGCGGUGCUGGGGGGGCUGCGUGCAGAGCAGAGGGGGCUGCAGGAGCGGGUGGGCAGCCUGCAGCGUGCUGUGACCCAGCUGGAGGCUGAGAAACGUGAGGCUGAACGCUGCGCCAUGCGCCUCGAGAAGGACAACUGUGCCCUGAAAAGAACCUUGGAGAAGGUGGAGAGGGAGAAGCUGAAGACGCACGAAGCCUCGCUGCGGUUGGCUCUGCAGAAGGGUCGCCUGGACCGCUCGCUGGGCACAUCAGAGCAGCAGCUGGCAGAGGCACAGCGACGCAUUCAAGUGCUGCAGGCACAGGUCUCAGCACUGGAGCAGAGCUCUGGGGGUGCACAGAAGCCAGCAGCACAGCAGGUGGGGGCACAGGAGUCACGCCGUCACCACCGCAGCAUUUAAGGCUUAGAGCAGCACCAUGCAGCCCACCAAAAAUCCACUCGACGUUCCCAAAUCCCACUCUUUUUCCUUGUCCAAGAGCAGCACUUUACCCCCUGAGCCACCACUAUUUUUGAUACAACUUGAUUUUUACCCCCCUCCUUUUUCUAUGGCAUUUCUAUAACCAAUAGUUGGAAAUAGGGCAUUUUUUUAGCUCACAUGGACAUGAUGGGAGCACUGGGGCUCCCUGUGGUGGUGCUGACCAGGGUAAGCAUCCCUAUACCUGGAUCCCUUAUGGCACAGGAAGGUCCUGUCUUUUCUACUGCUCUUUUUGGAGACUGGUUUGAUAUCGGUGCUAUGGGCCAACCCAAUGUGAUCCCAACCCUUGUCCGUCCCCUCUAACCCUCCAUUAAACAUAUGGAAAGCCAACCUGGUGGCA